GGUCAAACACUAGAGAUGGAGCCUCUGAAGAGACAUGGAGGCAUGUGGAAAACUGAGGCUGCUAUUAAAAACUUCAGUCCCUACUACAGUCGGCAGUACUCCGUGGCUUUCUGCAACCAUGUGCGCAGUGAAGUUGAACAACAAAGAGACCUAACGUCACACUUUCUGAAGACCAAGCCACCACUGGAACCCGGAACUGUGUUAUAUGAAGCAGAGCUCUCACAGUUUGCAGAAGACAUAAAGAAAUGGAAGGACAGAUACGUUGUGGUUAAAAAUGAUUUUUCUGUGGAAAGCUAUGAGAACAAAGAGGCCUAUCAAAAAGGAGCUGCUCCUAAAAGCCGAAUUCUUCCAGCUGGCGGCAAGGUGUUAACCUCAGAAGAUGAAUAUAAUCUAUUAUCUGAUAAGCAUUUCCCAGAUCCCAUUGCCUCCAGUGAGAAGGAAAAUUCUCAGCCUUUUGUGGUCCUGCCCAAGGCGUUCCCGGUGUACCUGUGGCUGCCCUUCCUGAGACAUGGCUACUUCUGCUUCCAGGAGGCCGCUGACCAGAAGAGGUUCAGCACGCUCUUGAGCGACUGCAUCAGGCACUUGAAUCACGAUUACAUGAAGCAGACGACAUUUGAAGCCCAAGCGUUUUUAGAAGCUGUGCAAUUCUUCCGACAGGAGAAGGGUCAUUAUGGCUCAUGGGAAAUGAUCACUGGAGAUGAAAUCCAGGUCCUGAGUAACUUGGUGAUGGAGGAGCUCCUGCCAACCCUUCAGACAGACCUGCUGCCUAAAAUGAAGGGCAAGAAAAAUGACAGGAAGAGGGCUUGGUUUGGGCUCCUGGAAGAAGCCUACAACCUGGUUCAGCACCAAGUCUCAGAAGGAUUAAGUGCCUUGAAGGAGGAAUGCAGAACCCUGACAAAGGGCCUGGAAGGAACAAUUCGUUCAGACAUGGAUCAGAUUGUGAACUCAAAGAACUUUUUAAUUGGAAAGAUCAAAGCAAUGGUGGCUCAGCCAGCAGAGAAAACCUGUGGGGAAAGUGUGCAACCAUUCUUGGCAUCCAUUCUGGAAGAGCUCAUGGGGCCCGUGAGCUCUGGGUUCAGUGAAGUACGCUCACUUUUUGAAAAAGAAGUGGAUGAACUCAGCCAGAGCUUUCAGACCACCAAGGACAGCACCCAGCUAAAGGAGCAUCUAGACCAGCUUAUGCAUCUGCCGCUAGAUUCCGUGAAGAUGGAACCUUGCUACACGAAGGUCAACCUGCUCGAAGAGCACCUGCAGGAUCUCAGGAGCCGCUUCAGAUUCCCACACGUCGACCUGGUGGUCCAGAGAACCCAGAACUACAUGCAGGAGCUGAUGGAGAACGCGGUGUUCACCUUUGAGCAGUUGCUCUUCCCACACCUCCAAGGAGAGGCCUCCAGAACUGCUGCCGCCAUUGAGAAGGUGAAGCUCCGAGUCCUCAAGCAAUAUGAUUAUGACAGCAGUACUGUCCGGAAGAAGAUCUUUCAGGAGGCACUGGUUCAAAUCACGCUUCCCACUAUGCAGAAGGCACUGGCGUCCACGUGCAAACCAGAGCUUCAGAAGUAUGAGCAGUUCAUCUUUGCAGAUCAUACCAAUAUGAUCCACGUUGAAAAUGUGUAUGAAGAGAUUUUACAUCAGAUUCUUCUUGACGAGACUCUGAAAGUGAUAAAGGAGGCCGCGAUCUUGAAGAAACAUAACUUAUUUGAAGACAACUUGGCCUUGCCUAGUGAAAGUGUGUCCAGCUUAACAGAUCUAAAACCCAGCAUUGGAUCACACCAGGCCAGCCCUGCCAGGACGGUGUCUGCCGUUCUGCCUGGAGCUCUAGAGAGUGAGACCCCAAGUAAUGAAGUGUUCCAGGAGCCGGAGGAAAAGCAGCAGCCUGAGGAUCCCAGUUUACUGGCCAAACAAGAAAGUCUUUCUCUCCCUGAGCCCAGCUCGGCCCUAGCUGGGGAUGAGCAGGUGACUAUCUCAAGCACAGAUGACCCUGCUAUGACUCCUGUGGCCGCCGAGGACAUGGAAGAACCCCUGGGCGUGUGCUCAUCAGAGUCAGAAUUGGGAGGGACUGCUGAGGACAAGGAGCCUGCCCAUGAAAAGCCAGAACCCACUUCGGCCUCACAGUCCUUGAAGGAGCUCAGAGAGUUGGUGACGGUGACCGUGGAAGUGCCGGUGGAGUGUGCUGUGGGGGUUGAAAAAGACGCAGACAAGGAGACACUGAUUCUCCAAGAAAAUGAAAAAGAAGAGGAGAAAACCCAAAUCAACACAGAGGCCAGUCAGGCAGCUGCCCCCCAGGAGGACAGUCAUGAGGAAAGUGAAGGCAGUGAGAGGGAAGCGCAUUCUCCUCCUCCAGAGGCUGAGGCUCCUGAGGUGGACUUGGGGGCAUUUCCUGAGGUGAGUGGCCCUGCUCCUCAGCCGGCCUGUGGCGAGCUCAUCGGAGACCUCACCAAAGACCUCACCGAGGACACCAGCUGCCCGGACCCUACUGCAAAGCCAACAGAGGCUACAGAAUCUUGUGAGCAGGAGCUUGCAGUGAGGGCUGCCGCUCUGGAUGCCCAUGAAGGAGAUGAGGCCCCGGCUAGUGCUGUAGAGGGCCAGGCCAUGUGUCAAGAAGGUGGCACUGUCCAUUCUGACCCCAUCUGCGCUGGGGAGAGCCAGGUUCUCGAGGAACAAGAAGCAGUGGGAGGGGGAAGUGUCGCGGCCCCAGCUGUGACCAGCGAGGAUACGGAGGCUGUGCGGCCUGCCCCUGUUCAUGAGUGUCAGUGGGUGGCUGAGAGUGCUCCAAACACAGAUGCCCCAGAUUCACUUCAAGAUGAUGUGAAGGAGGGAGGAAGCUGCCAGGAGAGCCUCCCAGAGCAGCCCUCGGAGGAGUGAGAGGCAGCGUGGCAAGUCUUUCUUUGAACAAAGUCAAAGGGUUACACUUAUGGGUAUAUGUGGGAGUUGCAUGUGAUUUACCUGAAAAACAAAUUAUGAAGUAUUUCUUUAACCUGAAUAAUGAAGCCAGAGAAAAUGCACACAGGCUAUGAGCACAGAGGCCAACCUUUGUGGAACUGAACUGCCUUACCAUCCCUUAUUGCUUUAGCAUUUUCAUAGGAGUCACAAAGGCACUGGAGUGUUGGGCUGACACGGAGCCGGCGGGGCCCAGGAGAGGCGGCGGUACUGCAACAGAGACUGAAACAGCAGGAGCACAGUUCUCGAGAUUCCACACUUUUCAGUGGUGCGAUUUUCUGCUGCACUUUAAGGCUUUUUAACUUUUUGUAAGAAUGCAAAUGUAUCCUGUAAUUUCUGCCUCACCAUUCACUCUGUCAGCUUCCUGGCCUCUUAGGGACUCAGCAUCUGUGCCUAGUCGGGCUGCAAGAAGGGGACGGUCAUGAGAACCGGUCACCCCUGACAUGUGCAGCCUGCAGAACCAUUCGUACCCGGUGGAGGUCUCCGAAGGGAGAAAGGCUGUGGUCUAUGGGACUGUUACUGAUUCUGCUAUCAACUUCUUGUUAACUGAUUGUGCUGAUUUUUAUCAGUUAAUCACCUUUGAAGGAAAUUAUAUUGGCAAGCAUAAGCCUGAAAGCAUUCCAAAUUAGCCUUAGACUAUGCAAAGAGCUCAGCUAAGUUAUCAAGCUUAACGCCUACUAAUUAAACAAACAUUAUUUGAAUAGCUUCUGCAUGCCACACACUGUGUGAGAUGUAAUAAUAAAGAAAAAAGAAAAAGUGAUUUGUCUUGGAUAAAUUUAAAGGCCCAUAAGGAUUAGAAGAAGAAAUGGUGCCAAUUUUGGAACCAAUUUUCCCACUCAAUUCGUGGGAAAUCAUGCCAGUUUUCCCACUCAAAACAGUCCUGGUUUGUUCUCAGAUGGGGAAUGAAUGAAUGAAUGAAUAAAAGCAUGAAUACAAAAGCCAAGGCAUAGGUCACCAACUUCCAAAUGUCACCAAAAUUAGAAAUCAUUGGUUGGUUGUUCAGCAAAUUAAGUGAAUCCCUGUUAGGUCUCAGCCACUGGUGAUACCCUGAAUGAGAAGGUCACUGUUCUUUUCUUUCUGAAAGGAAACAGAAAGAAAUGUUUCUUCUAAAUGGAUAGUAAAAUGUAACUGUUAAUGUUAAAAACGGAAUGGACUUACUUGCACAAAUCUACAAAAAAGAUUGUUCUUUAGAAAAACACCAGAUUAUUCUCUGAGACUUUCAGCUCCAGGUACUAUAUCUUGAAGUUUCCUUUCACAAAUUUUAGUAUGACAUUCCAACAUACUAUGUACGAGCUUGUUUUGAUUAUCACUACCAAACAUACGUAUAUUAGUUCUUUAGAGAAUCUGUUCCACAGUUCAACCAUUUAACCAGGAAAUAAAAUAUUUCCUUCGAUGGUCUUCCCAUGAAGAAUUUCUUGUGUAGCUAAAUCAUAGAGGAUUAAUAAUAAUCAGUAUCAGCAUAGUUUCAUAUUGAAUUACCUCAACUUUUCUUAGUGUUUAGACCCUGAGAUGUAUGAAGGAUCCCAUCACAAUUAAGGAAGGUAGAGAUCAUUUCUCCCUUGGUCCCUGCUUACUCAUAUCCUGGCAUUUACCCUGGUGUAUUGAAAUUAUAGCCAGGGAUAUAGCUCAGAGGUGCAAGCGCCUGCCUGAAAUUAUGUUUACUUCCUGACUCUCCUAGAAGCUCCUUUCUUCAAGCACUAAAAUUCAGGUUUAGUCAUUUGUGUUUCCUGCUAAAACGCUACAUCCUAAAUCAUGGCUUCCUGCAUGUCAAGUAACUUUAAUAUCCCUGGUGUGCAGCUCUGGAACUGGCGCACAGGUGCUCAGGAACUGCAGGAACUGAACACCCAGCGCGCUGCUCUGCGAGGGCUGUCUGGGGCUUGCUGUUAGGCAGGGAGAUGUUUUCCUUCGGGCUUCCUGCCCAUGUUGUCUUCCCUUAAAAAAAGUCCAGAGUCCAAAAGGCAGAUGGCCAGAUGGCCAGAAGCACUGCCCAGCAAGGCAAGGAGCUGAAGAAGCAGUGCUCAGCCCCAGUUCUCUCUCGCUGGGAGAACUGUGGAUACAUGGAGCCCCAGCUCCGGCCCACCCUUCUCCAGAGCCUCCCAGCCUCCCUUCUGUGCUCACCUCAGUGCUUCUUGUGGACCUCUUGGAAAGCUAGGAGACUUUCCAAUCCUAAGAGAGUUCAUUUCAGCGCAUUAGAUGAAUGAAUGUUGGUACCUUUCCUUUAUCCAUUCUGAAACGAGGCACUAGAUACCAGAACAUAUUGGAAAACACAAUCAAAGACUUGCUGUACGUAUUUCACAAAGACAAGUUCUUUCACAUGAGCAGGACUAUUGUUACAUUUGAAAAGGGAGUAUGAAACAGGUGCGCGAAAUCUUCCGUGUGUUACUGUGUUGAAGGGGUCACUUCAUGUUAUCAGGCCUUUUCCUUCCUUCUCAUACGGAUGUGUGUGUGCUGCUUUGAUGGUUUCCGGGUGGGAGCGAGGUCAUUAUGAUUUGAAGGAGCAGCAUGGAAAGUCUCAGUGCUCUGCUCCAGGGAUCUCUGCUAUGGGCAAAGUCUGUAGAAAUGUGUAAAACCUCAAGAUGUGGUCCUUGGGAAAAAGCCCAUGACUUUAUACCAGGUAUGCUAUUACUGACCUUUCACAAAGAAAGAGUAUUUUCCUUGAAAAAAUGGCUUGUGGAUUUUUCCUGUUUCACUUGGAGCAGACAGUAGCGCUUUGCAUUAUGCACAGUAAAUUCUUUUGUUUUUUAAAGUGUUUUGGAGAUUGAGGGUAAGAUUCCAUUUUAUCCAAAACCUUUAUUAAAGAGGCUGUAUGUGAGAACUGGAGAUCUUUAGUGAGAUACUCUGCAUUUAAUUGAAGGACUCACAAGUCUGGAUUUAUAGUUCUCCCAAUGAGAACCAGUGAUUUCAGAGGGUUUUUAACCAUCCUUCCAGGUAAAAAGUGAUUAUAAUUCAUUAGAAGCACUGCUCCAUGGGCGGUGGUUGUGGCUCAGUAUUAGAGCACUUACCAAGCACAAACAAAUUCUUGGGUUCAGGCGGGCACCACAAAAAAAGUGUUCAGUGAUAUGAGCUCCAUGACAAUUUUAGUAUGGGGAACAGAAGAACAUCCCUGACUCAAAAAGUAAUAGCUUCCCUAGGUGCAAACGUUGGGGGGUAACCCACUCAGGCCCCCUUCUGUCCCUCUCUUGGACAGAAGCUUUCUUUUCUUUCCCUCAAAUAUAUUCUGCUCUUAAAAAAGAAAAUAUUGGUAACAUGUGCCUUUCUACUUUGUCAUUAACAGAUAGGCUUGGAGGUUUGCUUUCUGAAGUCUGCAACUUUAAGAUUAAAAAAAAAUCUACACUGUGGUUUUACUUUUAUGGUCACUGUAUACAGCAAAUAAACUUAAAACACUUAAAACACUUGUAACCAUGUAUUUACUCUGCCAAGUGCCUAUAUUCCAAUAAAGUGCUCAUCCUUGAA